UCGCUGUUGGAGCGCAUUGGCGGCAGCGCAGCUCUCAAGGCGUGCGUCGACGACUUCUAUGGCCGGCUGCUUCAGGAGCCGAGCCUGCAGGCGUACCUGGAGGGCGUGGACCUCGCCCGGCUGAAGGCCCACCAGUACAACUUCAUGCGUAUUGCCUUCACGAAGAUCCCAGACGGCAUGGACGUCGUGGCGGCCCACGCCCGCCUCUUUGCCAAGGGCUUGUGCGAGACGCACUUCGACCUGGUGGCUGGCCACCUUGUGGCCACCAUGAGGGAUGCCGGGGUGGCGGAAAAGGAGAUCGAUGAGGCGGUGGCCAUCAUC